AUGAAAUAUGCAGAAUAUUACAUAAAACAAAAUACACUGUCACUAAACAUUGAAAUAAACAUUUUAUCCAAAUCGUUCGUUAAUGAUUUGCAAAUUUCCAAGAAUGUGCUGAAUUAUAUUAAGGCUUCAGUCAUCGUUGAAAAAAUAAAGGACUUUCUAGAUUUUCAUUUAUAUAAAAUUCAGUUACAAUUAAUUUAUACAAAUUCUUCGAAUGAUAAUAAUGUGAUUUGCUUAAAAAAAAAUACGAAUAAUGCAACAUCCUCCAAUAUUUUCUCAUCUGUUAAAAAUGUGAAUGACAGGGAAAGCUCUUCUUGUCCUGAAGGACUCAAAUUUAAUUGUAAAAAUUAUUCUUUAAAAAGUAAACUAAAUAAUUUUGUGCGUAAUGAGAAAAGUGACGCUAAUUUAUCUAGCAGUAACAAAAUUAUAUGCACAAAUAGCAGUGAGGAAAGAAUAUUAAAUACUAAUGAGAGUAUAAGGCUAAAUAAGUUAAACUUCUUAGUGAAAACAGAAUUAAAAGAGAGCGAAGGAGAAAAUGAAGGGGGAAAAAAAAAUAUUGCUGUAGAAUUUACAUCAAAUAAUACGCUUUUCAUCAAUGGUAGUAGCAGUAAGCAUAAUGUCGAUAAAUCUAAGAUUGAGCUGCAAAAAUUAAGCAAAAGUAGAAAUGAAAGUGAUUAUUUUGAAAUAUCUCAUUUAUUAAGAGGAAAAGAUCUUUGUACAAAAGAUGUUUGUAUUUUUCAACAAAAACAUCUUUGCAGAUACAUAUUUUUACCUUCAAUUUUGUCGGUACAAAAGGCAAGAAUAAAAACAAUUCACUUUUUACUACAAAAAAAAUUGAGUAUUAUAUUAUUAUUAGACAUUGUUGUGAAUAGAAAAAAUAAUAGUUUCUUUGAAUUAAGUGCAAACAUUGAAUUAGAUAAUAUGUUAAAAUUAAAAAAAAAUAUUAUAAUAUUGUGCAGAUCUUGUAAUUCAAAUAUUAUUAUGUGUUCAAAAAUUAAUCUUAUAAUGCCCCACUUAUAUUUACGUACACCCAAUUUCUUUGAUCAUGCAUUUUGCGAAGAAUGUACCUCAUUCUCCUAUGAUUCUAUAAAUGAUGUUGACAAUAACAUUUUUGUUCUGUCUAAUUCCUUAUGUUUUAAUUUUGGAUUAAUAAAAGAUAGUAAGUUAGUUGUUAGAAAAAAUGCAAUAGGUAAUUAUAGGUAUUUUUUUUUUUGUAAUUUUUGCUUCAGUCCACUUGGUUAUUUAGAAAACGAAAAUAGUAAAAACUUUUUCUCAUAUAUUGAUAAUAAAAAUAUUAAUGAUUCUCUAAAAAUUUUCUUAUUUGAUUUUAUGCAUCAAACGGAUAAACAGGAAUAUACAAAACUAGAUAAAAUUCUGUUCAUAAAUCGAAAUAAUAAAACUGUGAAGAUAAGCAAAAAGGAUGGGCAACAAAUCGUAAGCUACAACACAGAAUGUUUAAACAGUAUCAAGUUAGAAAAGGAAAAAAGCUUAUUAAAAGGUGGAUUAUUGGCACAUAAUGUUGUAGAUCUAGAAAAGGGGUAUUAUAAUGCUUACAGCGAGGGCUCAAAUAAAGGGAAAAAGGAUGAUAAACAUGAGAAAUGUGAAGACACAGAAUACAAUAAUACCAGGAGCAGUGACUUAGAUAAUGUAAUCAACAUUUGUAACAACCCAAAAGUUUACCUGUUUAAGCAUAAAAUAAAAAUGCAGAUGAACAAGAAAAACAUCUUUAAAAAUUACAAUGACUUGUUAUUUCUUAACGAAUACAUGCAUAAUAAAUGUGAAAAAUAUAAAACAGCCGUAUUUUAUUUAAAAAAUGACCAAAAAAGAAAAAUCAUUGAAAUAAGGAUUUUUAUAAAAAAGUUAUAUAUUUGUAAAAUUUUGGACGUGGAAAAUAAUUGUGAAAAUUCUGCAUUUUUUCAAAAAGCGAUAAAAGUAUUAUAUUGUACAAAAGAAGAAAAGGAUAUAAAAUUCGCCAAUUCGGAAGUAAUUAUUGUUUCAAAGGAAAUUUAUGAGGAUCUUUUAAAAAUGUUGAUUAACUAUUCCUUUGAAUUGGGUUCUUUUAAAAAUAAGUUUUUAUCAUACCUCCAUUUGGUGCAGUAG